UGUCUAGCUGAUCCUUUGCUCCCAUAUUGAAGCAGUAAUCUGAUAGCUGCCGGUUCCCAGUGAAGGACAGUCAAGUCAGACUGACAACUUCAGCCGACAAGGAUCCUUCCGUCCCUGCAGAACAUCUGAUGAAAUCUGUUAAUUAACCACGCAAUCUUUACACCAGUGGAUGUCAAUUUUCAAUGAAACCUUCACGCAAUGAGAAACACGUUUAGCAAGAGAACAGAGUGCAGGGACAACGCAUGAAACACCUGUACAGAGUCUGAAUUGGAGGCAGCCUUUUCAUCUCCAACAGUUAUGGUGCGCUUUUUUGCACUAUGGAUGGGAACUGUCCUCCAGUUCUGUCAUGCAAAGAUUUACACCAACGAUUGGGCUGUAAGAAUAAGCGAAGACCUUGAGUCUGUGGACAGGAUAGCAGAGAAAUAUGGAUUCACAAAUAUGGGUCAGAUCGGAGACCUGAAGAGUUAUUACAUUUUUCGCCACCACCAGACAGCAAAGCGGUCCUCUGUGUCCAACAAAGAGGUGACUGUUAGCGUCGCCAUGGAGACCAAGGUGCAAUGGCUCCAACAGCAGGUGGUCCAAAGAAGAGCAAAGAGAAACUACAGAACCACCUACAUCUACUCCACUGACAUGAAGCCCAAACACACUCCUACUGCCACUCUUCAGUCUAACCACACCCAGACAAUGCACUUCAACAACAAAAUGUGGAACAGCCUAUGGCACAUCCUCUGCAGUGAUGAGUCCAAAGGCUGCCAGUCUCAUAUGAACAUUGCAGGGGCCUGGAGGAGAGGGUAUACUGGGAAGGGUGUGGUGGUGUCUGUCCUAGAUGAUGGCAUUGAGAAAGAGCAUCCGGAUCUGAAGCCAAAUUAUGAUCCUCUCGCCAGCUAUGAUGUGAACGGGCAAGACCAAGAUCCCUCUUCAAACAAUUCCAAAAAUGCUGCUAACAACCAUGGGACUCAGUGUGCAGGGAUGGUUGCUGCAGCUGCAAAUAACUCUCAGUGCACGAUUGGAGUCUCUUUCCAUGCACGGAUUGGCGGCAUCCGCAUGCUGGACGGAGAUGUGACAGACAUCGUGGAGGCCCAAUCACUAAGCUUCAGACCACAUUAUAUUGAUAUUUACUUAGCUAGCUGGGGGCCAGAGGAUGACGGCGCCACUUUGGAGGGACCUGGGCCUCUGACUCGUCUUGCUUUACAGAACGGCAUUCAAACAGGCCGGCAUGGGAGGGGCUCUGUUUUUGUCUGGGCGACAGGGAACGGAGGGCGAAGAGGUGACCACUGUUCGUGUGACGGCUACAGCAACAGUAUCUACACUAUCUCUAUCAGCAGCAGCACACGGCAUGGAAGUCAGCCAGAUUACCUGGAGCAGUGCUCGUCCACACUGGCGACAGCUUACACUGGUGGGGAGACAGAGGAAGUGGUGACCUUGGGUCCACAGCAGAGCUGUAGCAGAGCUAAAUCAGGGACCUCUCUGUCCUCCUCCAUAGCGGCAGGUGUCAUCGCUCUCACUUUGGAUGCCAACCCCUUGCUAACCUGGAGGGAUGUGCAGCACAUUAUUGUACGAACAUCAAAAACUCAUCAUCUUAUUGCUUCUGACUGGCGUGUAAAUGGAGCCGGAUACAAAGUGAGCCACCUGUACGGCUUUGGCCUACUGGAUGCUGAGAGCCUGGUGAAGCAGGCUGAGCGGUGGAAACAAGUCCCCUCACAGCAUGUGUGUGUGGAGGAGGCUCCCAUCCAGCUGAGCAGAACAAUUCAUCCAGGUUCAGUGUUGAUGUUCGCGUAUGAGACUACAGGCUGCUCUAGCAAGUCCCUGCAGCAAGUUGUUUAUGUGGAGCAUGUCGUUGUCCGUGUUACCAUCACUCACAGUCGUCGCGGCGACCUUUCCAUUACGCUCACGUCACCUUCAGGCACCAUGUCACAGCUUCUUGCUAACAGGCCUCUUGACGACUCCACCGAGGGAUUUCAGAACUGGGAAUUCAUGACAACUCACUGCUGGGGGGAGCAGGCAGCAGGGGAGUGGGCUUUGAAAAUCCAGGAUACUCCCUCUCAGAAGAGAAACAACUCUGAACUGGGGAUGCUAAAGGAGUGGUCUCUGGUGAUUUAUGGCACCGCAGAGCAACCGUAUCCCGUGCAUCGCGAGCGAGCCCGAUCAGCUGAGAUGCCGAUGGAUAGUGACCUCACUGAAGAAUACAGUGGACCCUGCGACCCAGAAUGCAGUGACGAUGGUUGUGAGGGGCCCAGCCCCCAGCAGUGUGUCACAUGCUUACACUUUUUUCUCAAGUUCAAGAACAACACAAGGAUGUGUGUGUCAGAGUGUCCCAGGGGGUUCUGGGGCGACCGCAGGCGUUGUAAGAGGUGUUAUUCCUCCUGUGCAAGCUGCACUGGAAGUCGCAGUGACCAAUGCACUUCCUGUCAACCUGGUCAUCACCUGACUGAGGGAACCAAUACCUGCACAGCUCUAUGUGGGGAUAACUACUACCUCGACCACGAUACAAAUAUGUGCAGAAAGUGCAGUGAAAACUGCUUGAAGUGCACCUCCUACAGCAUCUGCACAGAAUGCAAAGCAGACACGAGUCUGCAGAGGAAUCGGUGCCAGCGGAGCUGUGCAGCAGGAUUCUACCAUGACAAGCAGGAAGGCACAUGCAAGCCCUGUGACAAGGCCUGUGCUACUUGUGCAGGUUCAGGUGUUCAAGCAUGCAACCAUUGUGCAGAAGGGUACUUGAUGGAGGAGUGGAGGUGUGUGCCCUCCUGCAGUGCUGGCUUCUACGCCAUGGAGCCAAACCCAGAGAUAGCUGAUGGGCAAAGGAUAUGUAGGAGGUGUGACGCCAGCUGUCUCACCUGUGUGGGGCCGAGCCAGGGGAACUGCAGCAGCUGUUCCAGUGGUCACAGCCUGCAGGAGGGACUGUGUGUUGUUAACACUGUGUGCACAGACGGAGAGUACCAGGACAGUAAUGGGAAGUGCCACGCGUGUGAUGCAAUGUGUGCGAAGUGCACAGGGCCGCAAAGUGAAGAUUGCAUCAGCUGUGUGGCUUCACGGGCUCUAGAUGAGGGCCGUUGCGUGCUGGAGUGUGCCAAGGGCAAAUACCAGUCAGGUGGCCAGUGUCACCUGUGUGACCACACCUGUGCCACCUGUGUAGAUGCAGGGCCUGCCAACUGUACCAGCUGUGACACUGAUAAGUUUGGAAUGGAGCGGUACCUGUUUGAAGGCCAGUGUCUGGACACCUGCCCCGAGGCCUUCUAUCACACCAAGGAGAGGAGCUGUGAGCCGUGCUCGGACAACUGCAAGCUCUGCACGAGCUCGGCCCACUGCCUCAAGUGUAACUCCUCCUACUACAUCUCUGAUGGAGUGUGUGCCAAGCUGGAGUGUGGAGAAGGGGAAGUGGAGGAUCCAGAUUACGACGACUGCAUGGCCUGUGAGGAGGGCUGCAGGCAGUGUGUCUUGUAUAACCCCAGGCAUUGCCUGUCCUGCAUUGAGGGCUUUUACAAUUUUCAGGAUGGCUGCUACAAAAACUGCCCGGCUAAAACGUACAGCAUGGAAGAGGAGAUGACCUGCGUUCCAUGUGACGACAACUGUGUGAGCUGCGAUGAACACGAGUGCUACUGGUGUGAGACCGACCUCUUCUUAUCAGAGGGGAGGUGUGUUUCUAUGUGUCCUGAUGGUUUCUAUGGCGACGAAGACACCAACGACUGCGAGGAGUGUCACUCAGACUGUGUGACAUGUAGCGGGCCUGAGCUCAAUGACUGUCUGUUGUGCGAGGAGGACAGGACGCUAGAAAACGGAGAGUGUGUGUCUGACCAGGAGGCCUGUCCCAUUAAGACCUUUCGCAGCGAUGAUGGAGAGUGCGAGGACUGCCACCCAUCCUGUGAGUCCUGCUCUGGAGAGGAGAAGAACCAUUGUACAAAAUGUGCAAAAGGGCGGUUUCUGACCACACAGCAAAUGUGUGUGUCAAAGUGUCCAGGGGGUUUCUUUGCCAGUCGGCUGAGCGGUGUGUGUGAGGUCUGCCCUGCGGGCUGUUUGCAGUGUGUGGACGGCCAGCACUGCGCCCGCUGUCAGAGCACACGUAAAGCUCAGUUAUUCCUGCAGGAUGGACAGUGUGUCCAACAGUGUGUCAGGGGUUAUCCUGCAGGCCAGGUGUGUCGUAGCUGUGCGGUAGGCUGCGCAUCCUGUGGGAGGAACGCCACCCACUGCCUCAGCUGUGAGGAACCUCUCCUCCUACACAAGCACCAGUGUGUGGAGGAGUGUCCUCCAGCGCACACUGUCCGGGACAUGGAGUGCCAACACUGCCCCACAGCCUGUCAGGAAUGCAACCCACUCGGGCAUUGCACAGGCUGUGAGGAGUAUCACUUUCUCCAUGAAGGCCUGUGUGUGCUAGACUGUCCCGAGAGGUUCUUUGAGGACAAAGAGGAAAGGGAGUGUUUGCGUUGCCACCCUGACUGCGAACUGUGUGACGGCCCGAACAAUAAUGACUGUGAUGCUUGUGUGGACCCCGAGGCCACUCUGCACAAUGGGGCAUGUCUGGCAGCCUGCCCUUCCCAUACCUAUAGGGACGCAAUAACAGGAGAAUGUGAAGACUGUGAUGCAUCUUGUCAUACCUGCUUCGGGCCCCACCCUGGUUCCUGCAGCAGCUGCAGAGACGGUCAGAGGCUGGAGGGCCACAGCCACUGUGUGCCAUCAUCCAACAAGUGCUCACCUCAUCAGUAUGCAGACCAGGACGGGGAAUGCCAUCCUUGUCACAAAUACUGCCACAGGUGUUCAGGUCCCGGCAAAACCCACUGCCUGAGCUGUAACCAGAGACAUCUCCUGCUCAAUGGCACUUGUGUGGACAAAUGCCCAACGGGCUACUAUGAGGAUGAGUCGGGGCAGAAAUGUGAGUCUUGCCAUCCGUCCUGUCAAUCCUGUGUCGGAAAGCACAGCCACGAGUGUCUCGUCUGCAAAGCCCACCUGUUUCGAGAGGGAAAAGAGUGUGUGGAGACCUGCCAGCACAGUCACUAUGGAAACACGGCCUCGAGGAUGUGCGAGAAGUGUGACCCGAGUUGCGGUGAGUGCAUCGGGGGCGGGGAGGACAGCUGCUUGAGCUGCGUUCUGGGUCUCAUCUACUUGCGGAAAGAAGGCCGUUGCCUCCCCUCGUGCCCUAAGGGAUACUACCACGACGCUGUGCACAGGACCUGCGAGCACUGCCAUGCCAGCUGCAAAACAUGCUCAGGAAAAGAUUCCCAAUCCUGUGACUCAUGCCAGCCUGGAUACCUGCUCUCAAAUGGCAUAUGUGAAUCUAUGUGCGACGUAGGCCGGUAUCCUCUAAUAAAGGGUUCAGGCCAUACAUGUGAAGACUGUGACAGCUCCUGUCUGGAGUGUCAGGGUCCCGGUCCAGCCAACUGCACCACGUGUCCUGCUCAGGCCAUCUUAGAAGCUGGAGGGCGCUGUCUGCUUUGUUGCCGUCAUGAGGAGGAGGAGGAGGAGGAGGAGGAAGAGGAGGAGGAGGCCUCAUCACAGCAGCAGGACUGUUGUAACUGCACUGAGACCCGAGGAGAGUGCGUCCUCAGCACCAACUUGGCAUUCAGGAACGAGGAGGAAGAGGAGGCCAGAGGAAACCUGGCAGUCUUCAUCAUCGCCUGCAUUCUGCUGGUGCUGGGUCUGGUGGCAGUCAUCUUCCUCAUCAAACACUCCCGCUCCAAGAGAGCGCCCCCAGACAUCACCCCCCGUGGCUACGAGAAGCUGGGCUCCGGCGGGGGAUAUGGCGGCUACAGCUCUGCUUCCUCUGCAUCUUACAGCGGCCGCGCCAGCUCCUCCGGCGGUCGCUUCCAGGAGGCUCAGCUAGUUGACAUCAGUGAACGCCGCUCAGGGAGUAAGGAUGAUGAUGACGAUGAUGAUGAAGAUGAGGAUAUUGUUUACAUGGGCCAGGACGGCACUGUGUACAGGAAGUUCCGGUACGGACAGCUGGGGGAGGACAACGAGGACGAGUUGGAGUAUGACGAUGAGAGCUAUACUUUCCGGUGAAGCAGAAGAAUUCCUCUCUUCCUUUCUCUUCUGGAUCCUUCUCUCUCUCUCUCUCAUUCCUCCCUCUGUGCUGUUUAUCUCCUCCUGCCCUGAGGGACAGACCCAUUUAUCCUUCACUGAAUAUGAGUUGAACCAAAUGAGACAUGAGAAGCUAUUUAUAAUGAGCUGAAUUUUACAACAGCUAUCCAUUCACAAAACGAAAUGUGCUGCGGAAAAAUCCACGUUGUUCAAUAUUCUUAAGGACUUUUUACAUAAUUAUUCUUGAUUUUCUAGGCUUUGUUUGGAGUAUUAGGACUUCUCAUAUAUAUCAUAUAAUUUAUCAUGGGUAUUUACUAGUUUUGACAGUUUCAUUAAUCAUAUUAUUCAUAUUUUUAAUUGUUGUG